AUACAGGAACAAAAAUUUAUAAAUUGAUUGUAAUGAUACAUUUUUGUCUUCAGAGGGAGAUACCACAUCGGGAUUCAGAUGCCUUUCUCCUUGUCUACUCACUGGAAGACAGACGUUCCUUGUCUGUUGUUGCUCAAAUAGUUCGUCAAAUGCGAUACAAAUAUAAGAUUACCUCGCCGAUAUUCCUUGUCGCCAAUAAGAUGGACCUUGUAAGGAACCAGUCUCUAACAAAGGAAGAUGGAAAACUCCUAGCACGAGAACACAAAUGUAAAUACUCGGAAACUUCACUUGUGCAAGAGAAUGACCUUGAUGCAUUUAUCAUAACCAUCCUACAAGGAAUAGCUGUCGAGGAUGAAUUGUAUUCUGAUAUUGAAUAUAGAAAUAACGAAAUAGAAUCAAAGAAAAAGAAACACAAAGGACCAAUUCUUAGACUUCUGUCAAAACUGUCCAAGUGUUAUUCUAGCUAA